AUGGAUAGGACAAAAGAAACAAUUAUGAAUGUCUUUAAAGAGAAAGAAGAGAAAUACAAAGAAGUGUUUGAGAUCAUUGAUAAAAGAUGGAAAUGUCAACUUCAUCGGCCUCUACUUGCUGCAGGACAUUAUUUGAAUCCAGAAUAUCUUUAUUCAUACACAGAUUCAAAUAUCUAUGGAGAAGCGGUGAAUGGUUUGUUUGAAACUAUGGAGAGAUUGGUUUCAAGCGCUAUUGAGCAAGAUAAAAUCACUACUCAGCUCUCUAUAUAUCGAAAUGCAAAAGGGCUAUUUGAGAGGAAUGUGACAAUUAGACAUAGAAGAGCAUUAUCUCCAACAGAAUGGUGGGAAUGCUACAAAGCAAAUACCCCAGAAUUGCAAAAGUUUGCUAUUAAAGUGCUUAGCCUCACUUGUAGUGCUUCCGGCUGUGAGCGCAAUUGGAGUGUAUUUGAGCAGUUAUAUGUUAAUGAUAGUAAUGAAUGGUUAAUGGAUAAAAUGGAUGGAGAAAGUGAUAAUGAAGAAGAUGAGUUGGUUUUUGAAGGUGAUGACUUGACAUGGGAUGCCGUUGCUAGGGCUAGUGGAGAUGAAGAGCCUGCAUAUUGUACUAGAGGAAAAAACAUUGCAUCCAUGACCUCUAGUUCACAUGCUAGGCCUACACAACCGCGGUGGCACGACGGCGACGGCGCUGGAGCGGCUACAGCGUGGGCGACGGCAGUGGCAACUACAACAGUGGGCGGCGACGACGAAUGA